UGUUAUUUUUUUUUUAAUUAUUGAAAGAAUUUCCGAAAUUGUUGCUCUAUGAGUAUGCUGGGUUUCGUUUAUCUCUUUUUGAUACUCGGUUGGAUUCUGAUUGUGUUAUUUCUUAAGUGCAAAAAGUCGAUUACACCACAUUUUGCUUUCGCCGAAAAUUAUACAGACGCUAUUGCGGCUGAUCGUCGUCCGUCAGUUCAUAUCAUACAACUACCACCGGAAGAAAUGGAUAACGAAGAUCAAUUCAUCGACUCAUAUCAUCAAAGCAGCAAUAGCCUUCGGCGGCAUUCCAAUCGCUCGCAACAUUCGGCUAUGCACGAAGAGCGUACCGUCGAAACGACAUAUCCAACAGAUGCAGUUGUGAAUCCCGCAUACAUGCACGAUGAGGAAUAUAUCAUUAAUGCUCCGCCCCCUUCUUAUGAAGAAGUUAUGCGCCAACCGGAAGUGUAUCCCAAAGUGCAUCAAAGUACGAGCAAAGUGAGCGACGCGAAUAUUUAAAGCUCACCAGGGCGCCUCAUCUGUUUCUCUUUUGCUGAAAAGUCUGAGCAAUUCAACGCUGCAUAACAACAAAAAAAAGGAAUCAAUUGUUACAUCUGAGUCAUGAGGGUGCCCAUUUUUUGUAUAUAUUGUAUAUUAAAAACCUUCAGCUGUGAUUUUAUACUAAAAUUAAUACGGAAAAAAAGAUUUUUUUUUUCUAAUAUAAAUGUUA